AUUGUUUGACUAUUGUAGUUUUCAUUGUUGUCUGGAGAAUACAUAAGCCGCAAUCGCUAUAGGAUUAGACCAGUGACAAUUUACAGCAAAGGAAUAUUUUAUUUUAUUUAGAUCUACCGCCAUGAUGCUGAAGGCCGUGAUUCUAAUCGGAGGACCCCAAAAGGGCACUCGUUUUCGUCCUCUGUCAUUGGAAGUUCCCAAGCCACUGUUCCCAAUUGCUGGCCUUCCAAUGAUCCAGCAUCACAUGGAAGCAUGCGUCAAGGUCGACGGCCUCAAAGAGAUCCUGCUGAUCGGCUUUUACCAGAACUCUGAGCCCCUGAAUCGCUUCGUUCGCUCCAUGCAGUCGGAGUUGUCGGUAAAAGUCAGAUACCUGCAGGAAUACACUCCGCUGGGCACAGCUGGGGGACUGUAUCACUUCCGAGAUCAGAUCAUGAGCGGAUCGCCCGACGCUGUAUUCGUACUGAACGCCGACGUGUGCUGCGACCUGCCACUGCAGGAGCUGCUGGCAUUCCACAAGUCCCACUCGGCGGGCAACGGGUGCACGGUGCUGGGAACGCGCGCCAAUAGGAAGCAGGCGGUGAACUACGGCUGCAUCGUGGAGAACGAGCAGACCGGCGAGGUCAUGCACUACGUGGAGAAGCCGGAGUCGUUUGUCAGCGACAUCAUCAACUGCGGCACGUACGUGGUGUCCAGCGACGUGUUCCAGCACAUCGGCCAGGUGUUCUCGCGCAACUACGAGCGCAGCGGGGACGACGAGGACCUGGGCAUCGAGACGCAGGGCACGCGCGACGUGAUACGCCUGGAGCAGGACGUGCUGGUGCCGCUGGCCGGUUCGGGCAAGCUGUUCGUCUACAAGACGGAGCGCUUCUGGACGCAGGUCAAGAACGCCGGCUCGGCAAUCUACGCCAGUCGGUUGUUCUUCGAGAAGUACGCCGCGGACAGUCCGGAGCGGCUGACGCGCAGCGGCGACAGCGGCACGGAGCAGCCGUGUAUCGUGGGCAACGUGCGCAUCCACCCGACGGCCAGCGUCGAUCGCACCGCCACCAUCGGCCCCAACGUCUACAUCGGGCCCGGCGUGGUGGUGCGCGCCGGCGCUCGCAUUCGCGAGUCCAUCGUGCUGGACCGCGCUGAGGUGGGCCAGCACAGCUGCAUCCUGCACAGCAUCGUCGGCUGGAACGGCAGCAUUGGUGCGUGGGCGCGCGUCGAGGGCACGCCGAACGACCCUAACCCGAACGACCCGUUCGCGCGCGUCCAGGUCCAGUCGAUCUUCGGCAGCGACGGCCGCCUCAACCCAAGCAUCACCAUCCUGGGCCAGGGUGUGCAUGUGCCCGGCGAGGUGUCGGUUAGGAACUGCAUCGUGUUGCCUUUCAAGGAGCUAUCCGGCAGCCUCAGCAAUGAAAUUAUCCUGUAAGAUGCCAUGCUAAUGGCAGUAAUGCAACCCUAGCGUUAUGUACGUAUGCAGUACUUCGUUUUUCACUUUCCUACAAUCUUAUGUGGAUAUACUUCCCCCCCCCCCCCCCAUCGUCCCGUAGUACACUGUGCUGUCUUCAGGUGUUUAUAGCCGACCUGUAUGUGUAUGUGUGUUCAUUGUAGAUGCUUAUCCUUUAUGCUACCCUGCUGUAGCGUACUCAGUCGUGUGUACUGCUGCAUGUUUUCCUUUAAUAUAGUAUAUUGUUUUGUUUUACGAUUAAUUUUGCGCACAUACUAGAUAUUGAGCCGAGCUGCCAGGCAUGCCAACCAGUGGCCGUGCUGCAGGGAGUCGGUAUUUUACGACUCCCUGGUAUACUGCUGUACCGCCUUCUCACUUAUAUCGGUCACCGGGUCGUCCCUGCUGGCGAGGAUGUUGCUUCGUCCGCCACCGCGUUGUGCCCGUUUCAAGUUCAUAGCCCUAUAUCGUUCAUCUUUGUCCUAUAUGACACUUUACUCAGAUGUUAUCAUUGCGCUUCCUUGAUAUUUUUGUUUUACCCGCUUCAGCUGUCGGCCGUGUUGCCAUCGCUUACUGAAGUCACUAGUAAUCAGGGAGUAGUAAAAUUACUACUCCCUGCUAGUAAUACUGUACCAGCCAAUGGCAAUGACCUGUAUGUACAGUGCUAUGGUGUACCAAUUUUAAUUAACACUGCACACAUCAUGUGACCAAGUCACUCCUGCUUUGCCAUGUGGAGAGAAUAAUUCAUUGUGAAGCUGA